GAUUCAUCAAUGGCAUCCGCCGGCCUUCAUUCUCUCUUCAAACUAAAUCCCCAUCACCAAAUCAAAGAAUCAUACUGGUCCACAAUCGAUACAGAAAUCAACGAUCAUCUAAAAAGAUCCAUUUCCAAGAUCCAUUCACCCCAAAUCGUAGUCGAACCCAUGCACCACUUAACCUUCGCCGCCCCUCCGACCACCGCACCGGCCUUAUGCAUUGCCGCCUGCGAACUCGUCGGCGGCAACCGACACCAAGCGAUCGCAGCCGCCUCUGCUCUGAAACUGAUGCACUCUGCAGCCUACGCUCACGAACAACUCCCGUUUAAUAAUAAUGGUCAACAUAUGUUUAGUCCAAACAUAGAACUACUCACCGGAGAUGGGAUGGUUCCGUUUGGAUUCGAGCUUUUAUCGCGAUCUUGCGAUGUGGGGAUGACGGAAUCGAGUCGGGUUCUUCGUGUGAUCGCGGAGAUGGCACGUGCGAUUGGUUCUGAGGGGAUGGUGGGCGGAAAUCGCCAUGGGUUGUACGGUUGUGGGGCGGCGUGUGGAGCUAUACUUGGCGGUGGGGAGGAGGUGGAGAUUGAGAGGUUGAGAAAAUAUGGUGUUUAUGUUGGAAUGUUGAUUAAGAUGGAAGAAGAAGAGGGAAAGGAAAAAUGGGAAAGAAUUGCAAGACUGAGAGAAUUGGCUUUCAAGGAGCUUGAUAUAUUCCCGUCGGAGGAGUCGGAGGAGAAGAAGGUUUGGAAUAAUGAUACUUUGGUUAUGGCGGCGGAGGAGAGCAUCUCCGGCGCCGGCGCCGGCUGUGUUUAG